GAUUUCAGAAAUGCUCCAGUGAAGACAUUAAGUAGGACUGGAAUUGUCUCCUUGUUUCUCCAGCGCUUGACACUCCUCACUUCCCUCUCCAGCGCUCUGCGCCGUCUUCCCCAGGGCACUAAAGUUCCUGGUUAUGCCUCUGGCUUUGCUUACACAAAAAAUUGAACCAGUUUACCUCUGGUUUACUCAAUCUGGUCAAUUCAAGCUAGUGCACACCAAUUCACAGGUGGUUUUCUUGGUGUAGCUUGUGUUGAUAACUUUUUAAAACCAAUUUUAAUUAAAUAGGCACAAUAUCUGGCUAGGUGAGGCCUGAAACAUUAUUUCCCACGCCCUUUGCAUAGUCAUGCAUGCACAUAGGAAAAGAAAGGAGAAAGUGCUUGAUGAAGUUACGGAACCACUUUGAUUUCGGUUAAUUUACUACAUAUCUGCUCCCUGACAUAGGAAGUUGCUUGGCUUACCUUUCUAGUAGGAUCUAUUCAUUUAGCAAUAGCAGUUAUAAUUAUGCUUUAAAAAUACUUACAGUAAAAUCUGAUUUCACAUGCUCCUGCAUUUUGGGGGGAGGGGAAAAAUCUUGACUAGAAAGUCUCACUUCUUGAAUGAAACUUUCCGUGCUUCAAAGCUAAACAGAAUUAUUGAAAACUAGGGUUGGAAGGGACCCCAGGAGGUCACCUAGUCUAAUGCCCUGCUUGAAGCAGGACUACCCCCAACUACAUCACCCCACCAAGGCUUUUAACAUUUCCAGGUGAACAUAAGUAAUAGGUUUAGAUGCCAAAAAUGAGUCCAGUAAGGCAGUUAUUUUAGUACUGUAGUGUAUAUGAAUCAUUGUGUUCCUGUGAACUUGAACGUGUAGGAAGAAUUAUAUUUGUCAAUCUUCUUUUGUUAAAUAGAAACCAAAAGACUUAUCUAGGCAGAAUUGUGGUGGGGGAUAUUUAUUCCAGUUUUUGCUAUAAUUUUAAGUCUUCCAAUCUGAAUGUUGUAUCACUGGGAUUUUUACCUUUAAAUGGGUAAAGUAUUGUCAUGAAAUACUGUAUGAUGCACACCCAAAGAGAAAGUACAAUGUAUUUUAAGGUUGGGAAAUUAUAUUAGAGCAAAUAGAAGCAAAAGUGUCUAGCCAAACCAAUAAUUACCCUUCCAUGAAUACUAGAUUCUGUUUCUCACCUGUCUAAACGCUUUCCUCUGGUGAGAUAGUAUCAUCUUUUUACAUUAAUCUUAGGAUUUAGUAUGGGAGAUUUUAAAAAUUGCUCUUCUGUGUAAAGUUAAGACUAACAGUCCUGAUUUCCUCAAUGCUGGAAAAAGCCCCUCUUCUUCCUGAUUUACAUACUUAGAAAUGUGUUUCUGUUUUAACACUGAUUGAUGGAGGUUGGGUGUUUUGCUUUUGUUUUGGCGAGUCUCUGCUUUUACAUUGGUACGUGGUAUCAUAAGUGGUAGGUGAUUUCCCUUGUGGAGUGGGGGGUGGGGUUCCAAAGAGGAAAUCAUCCACUAUGAAUACAGAGUACUGAAUCAAGCCCAAAGCAAAGUCAAUGAAAAGACUCCCAUUCAUCUCAGUGUCAAUUGGAUUGGAUCCUUAAAAUGGCUUUUCUUGGGGAAACAAGAAAGUUUAAAAAUAGAUUAAAAACAAAAAACAAGACGGCUUAAAAAUAGAAUGAAAAGUUUUGACUUUUAAGCUGCUAGUUCAGGUCUAGUAAAGGCUGGUAGGGAAUAAAAGUCGUAACUGUUUGGGAACCUUUUGGCCUUUUUGAAGAUAGGCUAGUAUGAUUUGUGGUGGAAAAGCAUCAAACCCUACUUUCCAGCUUUUCUUGUGCUGUUUUCAAGGUUGCUUUGAAGACUGUUUGUUGGCUCUGUUAAUAUCUUUGGAAAUGGUGAUUUGUAUUGGACAUGGAACUUUUGUAACUCUUGGAAAGGAUUUCUAAAUGUAUUGUCUACAGAACUAACCGUGGGUAUUUUUAGAGUCCAAAAUGUGAACUGAUUCACUAAUUGAGAAAUUAACUGUUUUUUCCUUCUUCUUUCAGCGCUACAACUUGUUGUGAAGCAAUUCCAGCUGCUCCACUUGUGCAUAUUUUCAAACAGGCAGGAUCUUUUGAAGACGACACCUCACGUUAUAUUAUUAAAAUGGCUAUCCAUACAAGGCUGAGUGUAAAAAUGAAAAUGCUGACAGGUUCAAGCAGGACAGUUUCAGGAAUGUAUGACUUGAGAGAGGCAGCCAGACAGACAAUCCAAAUGCUUCAGUUGGCAGGAUGAAGUGAUAUGCUAAUGUAAGAGAAAAGAUACCUCCUAUUUUAAUGGGCAAGUCAUCCCCAGCCUGUCGUCUAGCAGCCUGCCUGGGGUCGCCAAUAGUGCAAGGAUGGUGACAACUUUCACCACCAUCCACCUGUUCCUGCUCCUAACUCAAGCAACACCAGAGCCGAGCGCUGAGGAGGACCCGCUACAUCGGAACUCUGUGCUCCGGAUGAUUGAAAUCUGGGCGAAUGCCACCGGCCCGCAUCCAGAGGGGGUAACCGCUUGCAUCCCGAAGCCUGCAGCAAUCGAGGACAAUGUUCUAGAGGCGUAUGUUACUCCCCUUAAUAUCGCAAAAUGGUUUUCAGAGGUACGAGGACCAUUGUGCGGAACCUCUAUUUGUAGAGUCAGUGGUCCCAUACCUUGCCCAGGUUGCCAAGUAGUUUCUUUUCCCGACUAUACACGCAUAAGAGGGAAUAAAAUGGCGGCGUACUACUGGCCGUCAGGUCAGAUAACGGAGAAAAACAUCUCUAGCCUAAACUGUAGGAGUUGGGGACUAGGGAGUAACAAAGCAGAGCCAACUGAUUGUCAUCGUAUCCCCUGGGGGGCUCGAAAGUGGGGCACCGACGAAGAUCAAGUGCAAUUCCUACCAUGGCAAGCCCAUAGUCUCCAACCUUCAUGGUUCCUUUUCCUUAAUAGCACUCCCAUGCCAGAGGGAGGGUGGAAUGUAAGCAGAGGGGUAAAUCUCACUAUUUUCCACGGGACACAUCAGCUGUUAAGUGCCUUCUUCCCAUUGAGACAAGCGGAAGUGCGGCAUUUAGAAAGCCGCAACCUAACGCACCCCUACUGCACACCUAAAAUCCAGGCCCUUUGGUGCCGUAGAAAGGGGCUACCGACCAACGCACCCCGAGGACUCACGUGGGCAUGUAACAACGAUGUACUAUAUACUGCUCUACCUGCUCGCUUUGAUGGGGCUUGCUUUAUUGCCAGCGUAGAACUCCGCCCACCUCUUGCUACAAACACUUCCAACCCAUACCCUCCCUGGUUCGCACACACUGAGGCCAGGGGAAAACGCUCCGCUACCACUUGGUCCAGAAUGACCUAUAGCCAACAAGUAGGCAAACGUUUUGAAUGGGCAAUGGAAGGGUUGUUCCUUUGGUAUGUAGGAAUCAUGAGAGCUCGGGAGGCCAUUGUAAAAUUAGCAGAGGAAGUAGAAAUAGGCUUCAAUGCCACCAAUGAAGCUCUAUUCCUGCUAAACAAGCAGUUACAAGAAACCUCAGGGAUGACUACGCAAAAUCGACUUGCCCUCGAUGCUAUGUUACUUCAUAAUGGAGGAGCAUGCAAAUACCUAAAUUUAUCUGAUGAGUAUCGCUGUAUUUCAAUUCCUAAUGUGACCGUACCGCUUACGGCUCAACUGGAGUUAAUUAAAAAGGCCGCUAAAGGUGCUAAUGCCAUAGCGAAAGUAAGCAGUGGUUGGCCCGCGGACCUUUUUUUCCAGUUUUGGUGGGAGUUUUUCCUCGUUAGCAAUGUGCAUACUCGCCCCAUUAUUAACCCUGUGAAUACCUCUAUUCAGUUGUUUAUUGUGUGUUUGCGUAGGAUGUUGUGUCGUUGAUUCAGUCAAAAAGAAAGCCACAACAAUAUCAGCCUUAGUCUACGCUCAAAUACCUAAUCCUUCCGAAGACAAGGACUUUGAGUAUGUGUCUAUGACCAGUAUUAAAUAAAUUAAUGAUGUAUUCGUGUUCAAUCAUAUAACAAUCUGGCAGUAGUCAAGGGGGCAUGUCAGGAGGUGAUGUGACUCCACCAGAUUGCUGUUUGAGACAUUAAGUGACAUGGCUACCUGUGAGUGACAUUCGGUGACGCAGUGGCGGAGGAAUGUGACCUUAAGAGGCACCAUCAUGCGGACAAUGCGUGAUCGCUUAUAGCCUAACCGAUCAGAAGUUACCCCUAGAGCGUGGCUGGCUGGACCAGCAUGCUGAGGCCUCCAGAAUGUUCCAUCAAGGGGGGACCCUGAUUGGCUAGGGAGUUUAUAAAGGGGACUGCGCGCCUCGGCGUGGGGUCCCCAGACGCUCCCAGACUCCGGUCCUUGGGAUCUGAUCUCAAAGACAGCCUGAUCCCCUGUCUUGCGGUCUGGACAGACCCCUCGGCUUCUAGCUAGAUUUCUAGCGUAGGCUGCUGCAGCUUAUAGUUAGACCACACGCAAUCCGGAACGCCCUGGGUGUUGCCCAGCCAGGCAUCCUACUUGUACUGCUAUUACUUUCGGCUGCAGUCGACCUCCACGACUACACCUUACUUGUCACUCGCCGCUACCAUCAUUUGUUCGUCUUUUCUACCCGCACCACAUCGUCUGUAUCCACCUGCUACUGUAAAUAGUCCUUGUAAUUAGUUCCUGUAUUCACCAAGUUACUUCAACUCGUUAAUCAUCUUGUUGGCUUGUAAGUAAACUUAUAACUUUUCUUCACCUAC